UAAAGCAGUUUUAAAAAUCUCUGGUUUUUCUAAGAUUGCUUUAAAGUCAGUCUAGAAAUAUUAAAAAAUAUAUUGAAUCACUUUCGAUUUGAACGAUAACUUUUAAAAACUUUAACUUUACAUAAAGUAAAUAUUUUAAGAGUUCGAUGGUGAUAUUUUAGUAUAUCGAGAUCUAUGUAUUUAUGCUUCGGACCUUGGAAUUAAACAUGUGCCCAUGUAUAAGUAACCUGAUUACUGUAGUUGUUAUGAAAAUAAAUUCCUACUCUUUUGUGACAACCAACUCUGAUACGGCCACGUAUCUACCUAUAUAGACUAGCUCGCGGUAGAUUGAUAUCAGUUGAGGUACCGACAGGCGGAAAAAAUUUAACGACGCUUGUCGACAACUAGACCUCAAUUCUGCUCAAUCCUCCCCGUGGAAGAAAAGUUUUGAAGUACACAUUUUGAUUCCCUUCUAACCGAGUAAAUUAAAAAAAGAAGAAAGUCAGGCGAACGUAUGCAUUACUGAUUGGACCGACGAUUUCUUCGUUGUAGAUAGAUAGAUAGAUAGAUAGAUGAUUUCUUCGUUGUAGUAUUUGUUAUCGCAUUUCUAAAACUAUCGACGCCAAUAAAAUGAUUGCAAAUGCACCAAAAUUAAAGUUCUACAAUGGCAACACAGUGCCGAUCCUCGGGCUGGGUACAUUUAAGCCUGAAAAAGGAGACAUGACACAAAUAAUUAAAGAUGCAAUUGAUAUCGGGUAUAGACAUUUCGACUGCGCUCAUUGUUAUGGCAACGAGAAGGAAAUCGGCGCUGCUAUCAAAGCGAAAAUAACGGAAGGUGUUGUGAAGAGAGAAGACCUGUUUAUCACCAGCAAGCUGUGGAAUACGUUUCACAGCCCUAAUCUGGUUGAACCAGUCAUCAAACAGACGCUAGCCGAUCUUGGUCUCGAUUACAUAGAUCUCUAUUUAAUUCACUGGCCAUUUGGAUUCAAAGAGGGCAGUGAUCUCUUCCCUCUAAAUCCUGACGGUACCUUCACUUUGAGCGACGUAGAUUACCUCAAUACUUGGAAAGCCAUGGAAGGUGUGUUGUCCAAAGGUCUGACGAAAAACAUCGGUGUCAGUAAUUUUAAUUCCGAGCAGAUUACCAGAUUACUCAAGAAUGCAACAGUUAAACCAGUUACAAAUCAGGUCGAAUGUCAUCCAUAUUUAACACAAAAGAAACUAUCUAAUUUUUGCAAGGAAAAGGGUAUCCUUAUUACAGCGUACGGUCCACUUGGGUCACCAGAGAGACAUUUUGGCAAUGUAAAUGUUCCAAAUUUGUUGGAAAACAAAAAAUUAGUUGAGCUUGGACAAAAGUAUAACAAGACUCCUGCACAAAUAUUUAUUCGUUAUCAAGUGGAUCGUGGCCAUAUAGUGAUUCCCAAGUCAGCUGCCAAAUCACGAAUUGCUCAAAACAUCGAUGUAUUCGACUUUACACUUUCACCUGAGGACAUUACUUAUAUUGACACGUUUGAUUGCAAUGGAAGAAUUUUUAAUUUUCAAACUGCAAGCACCAGCCCGUAUUAUCCGUUCCAUAUUCCAUUCUAAAUAAUCAAAAUGAGUGAGUGAGGCUCCAUGUGCGUGUGUCAUUUAUUCAAGUUUAUGCAUUAAAGCGCUGCAUUUUGAAACACCAGUAUUAAUUUGUGCGUAUAAUAUAUAAUGUAUAAUAUUUUGUUAAUACGAUCUCUUUAGAUAUUAGUUAUAUGGACGUAGAUAAGAGAGAGUAGAUUUUUGUGACUAAAUAUUUUUCAAAUAUGAAUUUUUAUAUUAACUUUUACAUUAUGACAUGUAAUGAUACCACAUUUUGUAGAUGUGUGUUAACAUAAAGGUAUUUUUGCACUGAAUAACAUACGCAGUUUAGCAAUCACAGAAAUAAAACUGCAAAAUUUCUCGUU